GCUAGGUGUGCAUGACCGUGUGUCACUCAGUGCCACCCCGCUGACAGCAGAUGCAUGCAGAUGGUAUGGCAAGGGCCUGGCAGCCGGCAGGCGUUUCACUGGAGAUGUGCGAUGGUCGUGACGGGCCUGGGCGCCGUACUGUUUCCGCCAUGUUGGAUGGGGCACCGUCCUGGAUGGAGGCCGCACAGGCAGAGUUUUGCCGCACAUGCAAUUCCGCGUUUGAAGGUGUCUUCUAGCGCGGAAACUGCGAAGCCAGCCUGGACGAUGGCCAGGCUGAGUGAGCUUUGCCGCGAGCAGGGCUGUAGCUCUGUGCUCAAGAGCCACGGGGUAGCGGUGAUGCCUGGAGCCUUUGAGGGCGAAAUGCUGGAGGGCUUGCUAGAUGCCUUUCUAGGCAUGGAAGUCGAGAUGCUGCAUGACAUGCGCUUCGGAGACCUACGAGUGGCCCGGACGCCAUACCAUUUGCCCUACAAGGAGCCCUUUCGCUUUCUUCCGCUGCUGGGUGUAGAGGAAUGUUUGAGGGACGUCCUCACUGACUACCUUGGUGAGGAUUUUGAGUUGGAAAGUGCCAUGGUGGUGCAGGUGGAUGGUGGCGCUGGUCGUCAGAACGCCCAUUUGGACACCGAAGAUGCGGGAAGCGUCUCGGUGCAUGUGCCCUUACAGCCCUUGCAUGAAGGCUUUGCUCCGCUCUCCUUUCUAGUGACGACUCAUGAAGAUCCUUCCAUCCUGGCCGCAGCCGCUGCACCGAGAUCCAGACGCCGUGACCGCCGAAAGGAGUUGGGCCCAACGUUGGCACACCAGAGGCAGAGGUCCGCGACGGCCAAGGAGGAGUACUUUCUGCAAUGGGAUGGUGAUGAAGUGGAUCUUCUAGGGGAGUUGGACCUCAGAAGAGGUCAAGGGAGAUGCUUGAUACGAAGUGUGCGCCCAUCUGCUGAGGGCUUGGGCCUGCAACCCGGCGACGAGGUCACCCAUGUGAACGAGUUGGAUUUCGUCAGUUGGUUGCAGGUCAAAGACUUCGUGCCAGAGUUCCGACGGAACUUGCGUGUCCGCGUGCUGAGACCGGUCCUUCAGGAGAACGCGAAGCAGCUACGAAGCGACCGACGUCUACGUCACAUUGCUCACGAGCACGAGCGGCCGCAGUCGGUCCGACACCGGCGAGUCUGGUUGUCCGGGCCACGCUACGAGGACAAACGGCUCAUCGGAGCACCCUUGAACGUGGGCGACGCACUCCUGUACGACUCCAGGACGGUGCAUUGGGGUAGCAGCAACCGCGAGGAGGAGAGCAGGUACGUCCUUUACUUGAAUUUCAAGAAGUUGCUUGGCACUUCACCAGUCAAAGGUGGACAAGAAAGGACGAUCCAGAACACAUGUCGAACCUUCCAUGUUGUCCAAGCCAACUGUAUGCGGGUUAGCUACUGUUGCAUGAACGUACAUACGCAGAUUCUGAAAUUUUGAAUUCAGAGAUGCUUCUGGGAAGGGGAAUUGGCUCAACGUUUGCAGUCUGUCACAAUAUUGUGUUACGUCUGCAGUACUCCAUUUGGUAAUCAACGACAUCAAAACCUUUUGCAAGAGGCGAAGUGCAAUCACAUCCUGCUGCUGUUGGAUGCUUGACACGAAGAAACCCAAGCAGCACCUCCACCUUGACAAUACCAAACAAUACCCUAUGUUAUCCAACGUUCGGAACUGGGCAAUAUACAACCUGGAUGACUAUCAUGUUCCGCCGCAAAGGCGGGCAUGUUACACUUCCACAUGUUCCGAGGGCUGAAUGUGGAAAAACUGACGCAAACAAAACAGGGAGGCGCUUCGAUGAACGAAAGCUGUCUUCAUUGGUCUUGGACGUUCGAAUCGAAUUGCGACGAUCAGCGGACCUCUUUGAGCAGGUCAUGGCUGGACACGCUGACACCCGGUAAGGAGCUGCUGAAGAUUAUUGAACUCGUCCUCCCCCCAAAACUCCACCCAGCGGAUCUACCAGCCAAGGCAACUUGGACGUUACACCAUAUUCACUUGCCUAUCACCUACCCAUCUCACUUGCUGAUCAGCUACCCAUCACCUACCUGAGGCGUGACUUCGUUGGUACUUCGCCAGAUGAGCUGGCUAUUAGCAGCGCAGACCAGCGUUGCCGGUGGUGGCGGCAUCGCUUCCAGGAAAAGUUGGAGCGAGAGCUGCACUACAUGGAGGAUCCUCGCCGUCGUCGUUGAGACCGGAGCGGCGUUGAGACGCAAAUGAGAAAAUCCGACCAGCGGAGUUGGGGGAAGAACUGGGCGGGAGCUGCUUGCUCCGAUGAGAGCAACCAGCUACAAGCGUAACCUGAUACAGUGAACCCAGGUGUAAGUAACAUCCCGAGAGAGCACAGAACAUCCACACACUGGAUGGAACCAAACCUCCUGCAGUUGCACGGAGUCAUUUG